AUGGCGCCCACAAAGCCAUAUCGAGACUAUCUCUAUGUUUUCAUGGUGGUUAUGCACUUGACCGCGAUGAUAGGCGUUGACUUUGUCCCCUUCUAUCCCGCGAGCUUGGUCGAGCCUCCAUCUUCACCCUUUCGGCUUCUCGUCGCCUAUCGCAACUGGUACAUCCGUACAAUGUCCGACCCUUACUACGGCAUGGAUGCGCCAGGACACUUCUUCGACUUUCUCGUGUACAUCGAGCUCGUCGUGCAGUUCCCGUUGGCUCUAUACAUGAUAUCUGGUGGGCUUUGGGAGACGACCCUCUCCGGCACCGUCGAGCUCGCCGGUGCUCUGUACGGGAUCGUCACUGGGCUGUGUACCGCUUUGGUGUGCCAUGACAUGUGGCAUCUUGGACCGGACACCAUCGACGCUUCAGCGAAGCAGACGCUUUUAUAUGGUGCUUACUUGCCAUUCGCUAUAUUCCCGACAUUAAUGAGUCUAGACAUGUGUCUGAGACUAAUGCCUAGACUGCGCACUGCACAUAAAUCUAAAAUGCAGUAG